GACCAGCCCGCGCCACUGCCCCGGACCCGAGCAACCCCCGCGGCGCCAGCCUCGCCAUGCGUCAGAAAACACUAGAAAUUUACUCUGUGGAGGUCAAUGGAAAUAAUGCCAUGGAGAAUGCAGACAAGGGGGGUGGCAAGGAGAAGUACAAGGGCCUGAAGAACAACUGCCAGGAACGCGGAAAGAAUCACCCAAAAGAAGAACUCAAGAAAGAACUCGAUCUGGAUGACCACAAACUCAGCAACAAGGAAUUGGAAAAGAAAUACAGUACAAACAUCAUUAUGGGUCUCUCCAGCACCCAAGCUGCUGAGCGCCUUGCUAAGAAUGGGCCCAACAUUCUCACACCUCCCAAGAAAACCUCAGAGAUCAUCAAGUUCCUGAAGCAAAUGAUGGGGGGCUUCUCCAUCCUUCUGUGGAUAGGUGCCGUCCUGUGCUGGAGCGCCUUUGGGAUUCAGUACUCCCAAGACCCAUCCACAUCCUUUGACAAUGUGUACUUGGGCGCUGUGCUGGUUCUGGUUGUUAUUUUAACAGGAAUCUUUGCUUACUACCAAGAGGCAAAAAGCACCAACAUUAUGGCCAGCUUCAGCAAAAUGAUUCCACAACAAGCUCUGGUUAUCCGAGAUUCAGAGAAGAAGCCCAUCCCAGCAGAACAGCUGGUGGUGGGGGACAUAGUAGAGAUCAAAGGAGGGGACCGAAUCCCAGCUGACAUCAGGCUUCUGUCUGCUCAGGGGUGUAAGGUGGAUAACUCCUCUCUCACUGGUGAAUCUGAGCCCCAAUCCCGCUGCUGUGAGUUCACCCACGAUAAUCCUUUGGAGACCAAGAACAUUGGCUUCUAUUCCACAACCUGUCUGGAAGGCACUGCAACCGGAAUGGUCAUCAACACGGGUGACCGCACCAUCAUCGGUCAGAUUGCCUCCCUGGCUUCUGGUGUUGGAAACGAGAAGACACCCAUUGCCAUCGAGAUCGAGCACUUUGUCCAUAUUGUGGCAGGAGUGGCUGUCGCCAUUGGUGUCAUUUUUUUCAUCAUUGCGGUGUCCAUGAAGUAUGGGGUCCUGCAAUCUAUCAUCUUUCUCGUUGGCAUCAUCGUAGCCAAUGUGCCCGAAGGUCUUCUGGCCACUGUCACUGUCACUCUGUCACUGACAGCAAAAAGGAUGGCUAAGAAGAACUGCCUAGUAAAGAACCUGGAGGCAGUGGAGACCCUGGGGUCCACCUCCAUCAUUUGCUCAGACAAGACUGGCACUCUGACCCAGAACAGGAUGACCGUGGCCCAUCUGUGGUUUGAUAAUCAGAUCUUCAUGGCUGACACCAGUGAGGACCAUUCAAAUCAAGUCUUUGAUCAAAGUUCUGGAACCUGGGACUGCUUAUCGAAGAUCAUAACGUUGUGUAACCGAGCUGAAUUCAAGCCAGGACAGGAGAGUGUCCCCAUCAUGAAGAAAGUUGUGGUUGGAGAUGCCUCAGAAACUGCUCUCUUGAAAUUCUCAGAGGUCAUUUUGGGAGAUGUGAUGGAAAUUCGAAAAAGAAAUCGCAAAGUAGCUGAGAUCCCUUUUAACUCAACCAACAAAUUUCAGCUCUCCAUCCACGAGACUGACGAUCCCAAUGACCAGCGCUUCCUCCUGGUGAUGAAAGGGGCCCCUGAGCGGAUCUUAGAGAAGUGCAGCACCAUCAUGAUCAAUGGCCAGGAACAGCCUCUGGACAGGAACACCACUGAGGCCUUCCACACGGCCUAUAUGGAGCUGGGGGGCCUUGGGGAGCGUGUGCUGGGUUUUUGCCAUCUCUACCUGCCAGCAGAUGAGUUUCCAGAAACCUAUUCAUUUGAUGUUGAUAACAUGAAUUUUCCCACAUCCAACCUCUGUUUUGUGGGACUCAUGUCAAUGAUUGACCCCCCUCGGUCCACAGUACCUGAUGCAGUCACCAAGUGCCGGAGUGCAGGGAUUAAGGUUAUUAUGGUCACAGGUGAUCAUCCAAUAACAGCCAAAGCCAUUGCCAAGAGUGUAGGUAUCAUUUCAGCCAACAGCGAGACAGUGGAAGACAUUGCAAAACGCCUCAAUAUUGCUGUGGAGCAAGUUAACAAACAGGAUGCCAAAGCCGCCGUGGUAACAGGCAUGGAGCUGAAGGACAUGAGCCCAGAGCAGCUAGAUGAUCUCCUGACCAACUACUCAGAGAUCGUCUUUGCCCGGACAUCACCUCAGCAGAAGCUGAUCAUUGUGGAGGGCUGUCAGAGACAGGAUGCAGUUGUCGCUGUGACAGGGGAUGGAGUGAAUGACUCACCAGCUCUGAAGAAGGCAGAUAUAGGGAUCGCCAUGGGCAUAGCGGGCUCAGAUGCAGCCAAAAAUGCAGCCGACAUGGUUUUGCUGGAUGACAACUUUGCAUCCAUUGUCACAGGGGUAGAGGAAGGUCGUCUGAUCUUUGACAACCUAAAGAAGACCAUCGCAUACACCCUAACCAAGAAUACUGCCGAACUGUGUCCCUUCCUGAUCUACAUUAUGGCCGGGCUGCCCCUGCCCAUUGGCACCAUCACCACCCUUUUUAUUGACUUGGGCACAGACAUAAUUCCCUCCAUUGCCUUGGCUUAUGAGAAAGCAGAAAGCGACAUCAUGAAUAGGAAGCCUCGCCACAAAAAGAAGGACAGACUGGUGAACCAGCAGCUUGUCACAUACGCCUACCUGCACAUUGGUCUCAUGCAGGCCCUGGGAGGCUUUGUGGUAUAUUUCACUGUGUACGCCCAGGAGGGUUUCCGCCCCAGCACUCUCCUACACCUGCGGGUGAAGUGGGAAGACGACGCCAUGAAUGACUUGGAGGACAGCUAUGGGCAGGAAUGGACCAGGUACCAGAGGCGAUACUUGGAAUGGACUAGCUACACAGCUUUCUUUGUUGCCAUCAUGGUCCAGCAAAUAGCAGAUCUGAUCAUCAGGAAAACCCGGAGGAAUUCCGUUUUACAGCAGGGCCUCUUCAGAAAUAAAGUCAUCUGGGUGGGAAUUGCCUCACAGAUCAUCAUUGCGCUAAUCAUCUCCUAUGGCCUGGGAAGCGUCACAGCCCUGAAUUUCACUAUGAUCCGGCCUCAGUAUUGGUUUGUGGCUGUGCCACACGCCAUCCUGAUUUGGGUGUAUGAUGAGAUGCGAAAACUUUUCAUCAGACGGUACCCAGGGAGCUGGUGGGACAAGAACAUGUAUACUUAAGACCACCUGACUUCCUCAGUCUCCCAGCUGCUCAUUGGAGAUGUUUCUUGAUCCUCUGGCCACCAGCCCAGAGACAGCUUCAGUAGGGACAUCACCAGAAUACAAGCAAGAAAAUUGUCUGAAAGAUACUUACUGAUGUUUUAUAUUCAAAGCAGAAAUUUGACUAUUUCUAUAUGAUUUUCAUCUCCAUAUCCAUAUUUCAAAACAUAUGAAUGUCAAGAUAAUGGUGUAGGAAAGACGUGUAUUUAUAUGUAUAUAGAGCUCAUUCGUGUUAAAUAGUGUGGGUAAUCUGGACAUCUGCUAGCUUCCCUCUGAUCCUUAAGCUAUAUGUAAAAUCACUUAGCUAUCCACACCCUAUUAACAAUCCAGUGACCUCACUGAGAUUUUGAGAAUUCCCAUAGAACCAAUAUUUUUUAAGAUAUUUUCAUACUUACCUUGCUCAAAAAAAAAAAAAAAAGGCUAAGUCAGCUAAAGGCUUUCAAGAUAUGGAAGAGAUGACAGCUUUACUCCAUGGCUUCACAGAUGACCUCAAUUAUGACUCAGAACAUCCUUCUUAACAUUCUCACCACCUGGCUACCCUCUAUCCCCCUGACUCCUCCUUUAAUUCCUCCCUCCUACCAUCUGAACUUCUCUUUCCCUCCCAGAUUGUCUUCCACUCCCACCAGCAACUCCUUCAAUCCUGAGCUGCAGUCCAUAUCCAAACUGCAAAUGUCCAGCCAACCCAAAAUAGGUUUCCAUUUGGAUUCAACAUCACUAGAGAAUCCCUAUGGUUUAAAAGAGUGGUAUUUUUUUUUUUGUCAAGCAAUUGAAAAGUAUUCUUCUAACAUAUGUUGACUUGUGUGUGGCACCACCAUCUUGACAGCCCCAGAGAGACCUUAUUUUUAAAUAAAAUAUAUUUUAUACA